GAAGUGCUUCCAACAGGAAUAACAAAUUUGAAGAACUUGCGUUAUCUAGUGAUGUUCCGUUACUCCCCUCAUGGAACUGAAGUUUUUGAAUAUUAUUUUGGAAUACGAACCCCGCCAAAUAUUUACAAGUUAAAGAACUUGCAAGUCCUGAGUUGUGUUGAAGCAGAAUCAGAUUUAAUGAGACGCAUUAGGAGCAUGACACAGCUUCCAAGGUUUAGCAUUACAAAGGUAAGAGAAGCAGAUGAGAAAGACUUGUGCACCGCAAUCCAAAGUAUGAAUCUCCUUCGUUGGUUAAAUGUGAUGGUGAAAGAUGAGGCAGAAACCUUGCGAAUGGAUGUGCUCACUGCAGCUCCUCCACACCUUAAAUCUCUGCUAUUAGCGGGGAAAUUAGAGAAGGUGCCACACUGGUUUCAAUCACUUCGAAGCCUCGUGUAUUUGCGGUUGUAUUGGUCUAGACUGACACAAGAUGUUUUUCCUUUCAUCCAAGCGCUGCCUUGUUUAGGAAUUCUUGUACUUGACAAUGCAUAUUCUGAAAAAAAGAGUUACUGUUUGAUGCUGGGUUCCAAAAGCUGAAGUUUUUAUAUGUAGCCAAUCUCCCGCAACUGAAAGAGAUAACAAUAGAGAGGGGAGUGAUGCCAGAUCUCGAACAACUUAUUGUAGAAAGAUGUAUGGAGUUGAAGACAUUGCCUCAUGGCAUUGAAUAUCUCACGAAUCUCCAAACAUUGGACUUGGCUACCGUUUCAAGUGAGCUCAUCCAUCAGAUACAUGGUGAACAGAGUGUGGGUCGUUAAAAAGUUCGACAUAUCCCUAAUAUCCAUCAUUAUUACAAAUCAGCGUCUGAGACAUGGCAAUUCAAAAACUUGUCUUGAAUCUAUUGCAAGACGGAAUAAGGUGCAAAGAUGAAGAUUUCUUCAGGCAGCCUUGGCUUAUGGAUGAAAUAAAAUUUGUAGCAGGAGCAAUGGUAUGCAUGUUGUUAUUGCUCUUGUAAUGCAGUGAUGCUUGUGGUGGAAUACUAUGGCCAUCUUUAUUGUAAUCUAUCUUUAUAUCUCAGCUUGGAGUGCAUUGGGGUUGUAUUGGUCUCAAGAUUUAGGCACAAUCUUGAGAUUAACAAAGCACUGUAACUUGUCAAUUAUAGUGGAUUGAUUUGAAGUUUGCCCCAUGGUUGUUUCUUUGUAAAAUGGAGAAUUUUUCAAUAUAAAUCUUGGUGUGCUUGUGAU